ACAGCAACCUCCACGUGGUGAGACCUGGACACCCGAUAUUAUUUGAAGUAUGUAAUUGCUAAUUGCAUCUCCAGUAAUGGUCAGAUGAUAUUAUCAAUUACAUACAAACUAAUAUCAGCUAAUGGCUGUAAGAUUUCUCGUUUAUAAAUAAAUGAAAAUAUGAAGACUUAGAAUCAGAAUUAACGCAUAUUACUGUAAUUAUUAUCAUAAAAGUCUAAAAUAUAUAAAACAUAAUGAACAGUUUGUCAUAUAAAAAUCCUAUACGUUUCUAUUCUUAAAUAUAUUUUUAUUUUGAAUCAUAUUUAUAUUAUUCAGAAUCUAAACCAGGAAGAGUGUAGACGCAGUUCAAAAGAUUUUCGUCGUUUCAAAAAAUAUAAUUUUUGAAAUGACAGAAAUCAUUCAAACUGUCUGCUCUUUCUCUGAUAUACUUUCUUUAAAGUCAUUUAAAUGCAAUGAAGGACUAGAGCCACCUACCAUUCUCUGAAGAACUACAUAUAAAUGUCAAUUCAAGGUUUACAUCUGAGCUUUGAUCUCCUGCUUAUUAUCUAUUGGAUCCAGAAUUUUUUCAUCUUGGAUAAUGAGAAUGUUUGCUUACAAAAAAUAUAUAUAUUAUUUGAAAUCAACUGGAAUAUGUAUUGUUGUGAUGGGAGGUUGUUGGUUUAUGUACCAGUUACGACAAACAUCAAAAAUUUUACGUUCCGGAAUACCUCCUAACGUCUUGAAUUUAGAACAAUCCCAUGCACAAUAUAUUUAUAUUGAUAAUCCCAGAUAUAAAGAUGUAUUCAUGUUCAGAACAAAUAAUUUACAAUCAUCUAUAGUAGAGCAAUCGUCUUCUUUCAGUCAAACUAUAAUGAAAUGGUGGAAAUCAGUAAAUCGUCAUGUGGCAUAUAAAUUAUUAUAUAUGGCACAACAUGGUGAUAAAAUAGAACAUCUGAAAUCUGUCUACAUGCUAAAUUCCUUAAAAUAUUUAAAAGAUUGGCAUUAUAGGCACAUUGCCCAAAUGUUAGAUGCAAGAACAGCAGUGUCCUUAGCAAGAAUGCCAAAUGUUGAUUUAAGGUAUUUUUUAAGGCCACCAUAUCAUCACAUAGAGCAUAAAUUAUAUGAUGUAAUAGAAAAAAUACAUAUUUUGCUGCUCUAUUUGAAUAAAUUAUCUGAAAAUACACAUCCCUGUUUGAUCCAGUUUCUUAAUAAAAAAUUUAGAGAUUCGCAUCGUGAUGGUUUGAUAUUUGAUCACGAUCUAACAAGCAUAGGAUUGGCUACUGCUCCAGCCAUAAUAUGGGAUGAAGAUUUAUUGCAGAGUUGUGUUCAAACGUUAUGUCAUCAUUCUUCUCUUGAUCAGUAUAGUAAAGAUAUUGUAGAUGCUGGAGGUCUCCCAAUACUAAUGAUGAUAAAGAAAAUUUUUAAAGAUAAUAUAAACAUGUGUAUAUUACUUGCAAAAAUAAUUUCUAAUAUUUCGCUUCAUUCAGAGUAUUUACAAGAGAUAUUUCAAGCAGGAUGGAUUGGCACAUUAGUAGAGUGGUCUCUCAGUUCUGACAUAAGAUUAUCAGCACCUGCAAGUCGUGCAUUAGCAAAUUUAGAUAUGGACGAAAAUGAACGUAUUAGAUAUCCAAGGCGUAUUUAUCUUCUCCACCCUCUACAUAAAACUAAAACAAAUACAAAGUUAGAUGUUGUUUUUCUACAUGGACUUCUUGGUGGUGUAUUUAUAACAUGGAGGCAGAGAGAUGAAGAUAUAUCUGGAAAUGGGGUUGUAGAUCCUUAUACAAUCGACAAUAAAAAUGAUAUUGUUUCGACCAUGAUAGGCGAGCAUCCACAGGAGUUUCUGAAAGAUUUAGCUUAUGACUUGAAAAAGCGUGAAUGGGAUAGGUUAGGACAUGAUUUUGAAAUAAUCUUAGAUGAUUGUCCUCAAAAUACUAAUCAAAUAGCAUGUGGACCAUAUUUUUGUAGCGGGGAUGAUACUUGUGUAAAGAAUAGGGAUCGCGAUAGAAAGCAUAGAACGCAGUGUUGGCCUAAAGAUUGGUUACCCGAAGAUGUACCAUCUAUUCGAGUUAUUGGAGUAAAUUAUGACACAAAUUUGUCAUUAUGGACUCCUUUGUGUCCAAUAGAAAGUAGAAUUACCACUCUAAGCGAAAGAAGUGAAGAAUAUAGCGGAAAACUAGUAACUGCAGGUAUUGGAAUGCGUCCAACAGUAUGGGUAUGUCACUCGAUGGGUGGUUUACUAGUAAAAAAAAUGCUUGUUGAUGAAUGGAAAAAUGGCGAUAAAAAUAAUAUAUGUAAAAAUACACGUAGCAUAAUAUUUUAUAGUACACCCCAUCGUGGUUCUCGGGUAGCAGUUUUAACGCAAACAACACAAAUGUUGGUGUGGCCAUCAAUGGAAGUGCAGGAACUCCGUGAAGAGUCACCUCAUUUAUUGAAGUUACACGAAGAAUUCCUGAAUAUGUUAAAGGAGUACCCCAUAGAAAUUGUUACUUUUAGUGAAACUAAACCUACGCUUCUAACUGCAUUAAAAGUUCCGUUUCAAUUCGUCACUUCUAAUUCAGCAGAUCCUAAAGUGGGCGAGUUCUAUGAAAUUGCGCAAGAUCACUUAUCAAUAUGUAAACCAGCUAACAGACAUUCCUUCCUAUAUCAAAAACUUGUGAGUGUACUGAGACGUCAUGUAACACCACACGAGGAAAAAAAUGUUUUUCCAAUUAUGGAAUGGCUAUCAUUGCCAGGUAAACUGUUUUGAUCAUGUACAUAUUUGUAUGUUUCUGUACAUACAUGGCUGUGAGCAUAUA